CGUAGGUGGAGGUGGGAGCAGAGGUGAGUGGAUGCGGAGGAGAACUGGGGCAGGGGAAUGCCGAGGGAGAGGAAUCCCAAGGGGUGGGGGGAGGCGGAGGCGGAGUGGACCGGCAGGCCGAGGCAGAGGCGAGAUGGCCCCCGAGCGGAGAAGAGGUGGGUGGAGGCAGGGGGGAGAUGGUGGGCGGUGGCGGAGGGGAGAUGGGCGAAGGCGGAGAGGAGAUGGCAGGAGGAGGUAGAGGAGAGGUGGGCGGAGGUGGAGGCGAGGUGGGCGCCAUGCAUAGAAGAUGUGGGCGGAGGCCGAGAGGAGAUGUUGGGCGGUGGCGCAGGGGAAACGGCUGGAGGAGGCGGAAGUGUGAUGAGAACUAUCCGGUGUGUGAUUGAUGCUGAGGUGGAACGGUUGUGCAAUGCUGGUUGUGCCAAAGCAGCGAUUGGUCAUCACAAUCAACAUCAGGUUGCCGUAACUGGGCAGCCUGUUGUCUCGCAGCCUGCACAGUCGCAGGGUACACAGCCCCAGCAGUCAGUGCAGCAGCCUGCACCACAGGGUCCACAGCCCGAACUGAUGCAGGGACCAGCACAGAGUCAGUGGGUACCAAAGACAGCCAUCGCCGCUCCGAAACCCUUUACAGGGGAUAAGAGGGGCGAAGACCUCAACACUUGGUUGAGGGCAGUGCCAGUCUAUGUCAAGUGUAAACUUACCUUGCCACACGAGGAAGUGCUUGUAGCUGCAUCCUAUCUAGAGGGGACUCCAGCACGAUGGUUAAGUGGUUUAGUGCAGCUACAGGGGUACGGUCAUGACUUUCACGCUUGGGCAGUCACCCAGAAAUUGGAUGACUUCGUUAAGUUGGUGGAAGACAGGUGGCAUGAUCCUCAGGAAGCCCCAAAAGCUAUUGAUGCGAUCCUAACACUUCAUACAAGGCAGUUUAAGUCAGUAAGGGAAGCCACUGACGCAAUAGAGUGUUUGAUCUGUGUCCCUGGGGUGCACUAUGACCCCCAGGUCUUACUCACCUCCUACCUGAGAUGCUUUCCCAUGCCUCUCAGGAAUCAGUUGGCCGGUGAGGCCAACAUCAAUAUGCACAACUUUCCCUCGUUUAGCAAGAAGGCCCUAGACCUUGAGGCAAAGAUAGGGCAUGGACAGACACCCACUACCAAUGGUAGGAGAAAGUCACUGCCUCCCAACAAGAAGGCGAAGGGUCGCAUUAUGUUUGUCGAUAACGAUGGUUCAACCAUCGAGUUAGAUGACAACUUCCAGGAGGGAGUAGGUUCAGAAGCUGGCAGCGUAGAGGCUUCAGGGGGUGGAGUAGUCGCUGCCGUAGCUCAAAAAGGAAAGGCGGCCGGUAGACGCCAUGGAGGUUCCCGGUCAAGGAGUCAAGUUGACCCCAAUGCUCCCCCAUGGGAGAAAGUGGGUCUCACUGAGGACGUGUGGAGUUAUCGAUACGCUCGGCAGGCUUGUAUCCGUUGUGGCCAAUAUGGCCAUAACCAAUUCAAGUGCCGAAAUAAGCAGGUGACCGAAAAGAUCCCGCCUACGAUGUGGCAGGCAUUGGGAUCCUCCGCUCCCGUAGAUUUCUCUGGUGCGCUGAUCACUGAGUUUGGGCUUGCGGACGAUGUUACUCGCUCUAUGGUGGAAGCCUAUCGCGAGGACCGGUUUAUGUCUAAGAUCAUACGCAGACUCAAGGCGAAGGACAAAGUGACUUCUGCCGAGUUUGUGUUGGUCAACGGACUGCUGUUCCUUGAGAAGGCAGGGAAUAAACGUCUGUGUGUGCCAGAUAGGGAGUCUUUGCGUAGUUUAUUUUUAGGCGAGUGUCAUGAUGCCACCAGACAUUUUGGUUUCAAGACGACUGCAGCCAAUCUGCUGCAGCGAUUCUGGUGGCCCACGAUGAUGAGAGAUGCCAAGCUGUACGUGGAGACUUGUCAGGUCUGUCAGAGAGACAAGCCCCGUACGCAGGCCCCUCUUGGGGUCCUCAAGCCCCUUCCGAUUCCGGAAAGGCCCGGUGAGAGCCUGUCUAUGGACUUCAUGGACACGCUGGUCACCGGCAAGAGUGGAAUGAGACACAUCUUUGUUAUCGUGAACAGGUUUAGUAAGUACACUAGGUUAGUUGCAAUGCCGGAGACAGCAAAGACUGAGUAUGUGAUCAGACUCUUCAAAGAGAACAAGGUUAGAGACUUUGGGCUCCCAAAGUCUAUUGUUAGUGACAAGGAUGUCCGAUUCACAAGCGAGUUGUGGAAGGCUGCAGCUGCAGAACAGGGAACACAGCUGCAGAUGACUUUUGGGAACCAUCCCGAGGCCAAUGGCCAAGCAGAGCAGCUUAAUCGCGCUGUGCAACACCUGUUGCGGCACUACAUCAAGCCCAAUCAGGUGGACUGGGAUGAGAAACUUGCUCUCAUCGCCAACCUGUAUAACAAUGCUGUGCACAACGCAACUGGAGUAAGUCCUAAUAGUCUGCUACUGACUUUCAAGCCCAGACUGCCCCUACACUUUCUGCUACCUGACAAUCAGUCAACUGCUGCACCCGGCACCCUUGAGUUUGCCUCGCUAUGAACAACUGAUGCAGCAGGCAGUAGAACAGAUGCACAAGGCACAGGCCGCAAUGAUAGAAUCUGAGAACAAACACCGCCGCCCUUC